AGUUUAAACGUCAUUCCAUCUCUUAUGUACCGCAAGAGAGAACCAAACAAUAACAAUCAACUGAUUUUAAGUUCAGUCAUUCUUAAUUUUUGUUUGUUUAUUUGUUUAAUUAAUUAAAUAACUUUUUAGUUUAGUCCUGUUGAAGUUAAUUGUCGUUAAUUAUCAAUGGCUUCUACAGCCUCUGUUAUGCCUAACCUUUUUAAUACUGGUUCAACUCAGGAACGGAAGGAACUGGUGCGUAAAGGCAUACCUGAGCAAUACCGUGGACUUGCUUGGCAGUACUUGUGCAAUGCAACUUCACCUGCAAUUCGAGAAAAAUACGCUGAAUAUCUCAAGCAAGAUUCUCCUUGUGAAAAAAUUAUUCGACGUGACAUAGCUCGGACAUAUCCAGAGCAUGAAUUUUUUAAGGAACAAGAUGGCCCAGGGCAAGAAGGUUUAUUCAAUGUGAUGAAAGCUUAUUCAAUCCAUGACAGUGAAGUUGGUUAUUGUCAAGGAAGUGCUUUUCUUGUCGGUGUUUUAUUGCUUCACAUGUCACCUGAAGAUGCUUUUUCUGUUCUUGUUAAAUUAAUGGAAGAAUAUAGACUUAGAGAAAUAUACAAACCAACCAUGGCCGAACUAGGAUUAUGUAUAUAUCAACUAGAAUGUAUGGUUCAGGAACUUUUACCCGAACUCAAUCGACAUUUCCAGCAACAAAAUUAUAAUACUACUAUGUAUGCAUCUUCAUGGUUCCUAACGUUAUUCACAGCAUUCUUACCUUUACAUAUCGCUGAAAGAGUCAUUGAUUUAUUUCUAUCCGAGGGAAUGGAAAUGAUUUUCCGUCUUUCUAUAGCUUUAUUAAUGAUUUGCAAAGAGGAAUUACUCAAGCUCGAUAUGGAAGGACUUCUUGAAUAUUUCAGGAAAGAAAUGCCUGCUCGGUGUGAAAUCGAUCCUGAUUACCUAGUAACUCUUGCAAUACAAAUCAAAUAUGACCAGAAAAAGAUGAAAAAAUUAACCAAGGAGUAUAAUGCAUUAAAAACCAAAGAACAAGAAGAACAAGUUGAACUCAGAAAACUUCGUACAGAAAAUCGCCUUCUUCGUCAAAGAAUCGAAAACUUGGAACAGGAAAGUGCCGAGUUGGCUGAUAAAUUAAUUCAGGGUCAAGUGUGCCGUGCUCAGGAAGCGGAAGAUAACUUUAUAAUUAAACGAGAAUUAUCUACCUUGAAGCAGAAAAGAAUCGAUUUAGAGAAAGAACUAGAAAGAAAAGAAUUGACAAUCAAGGAGUUAAAAGACAUCAAUGCUCUAAAAAAUUCACUGGAAUCCAAAGAGGCUGCUCAGGUUAUUGAUUCUUUACAAGAAGAGCUUGUUGCAGUGAAACUCCGAGAUGCUGAAAAUAAUGAUGAGAUGAAAAAUUUACGUGAACGUAUCAAUCAGUUGGAGGAAGUUAAUCAACGAUUAAGAGAAGUACCACCUGAUCAUGCAGUUGCUCAGCUUCAAGAAGAGCUAAUUGCAGUGAAGCUUCGUGAAGCUGAAGCUAAUUUAUCAAUGAAACAAUUGAGACAAAAAAUAAGUGAUCUCCAGCAAAUGUGGAAUGAACAUUUGUCCACUUCACAUGCUAACAGUGAUUCAUCUCAGCCCAAUAGUUUAGAAGCUGCUUCAAAUUCAACUCCAUCAGCCUUAUCGGUGACCUCAAGUCCGUUAAAGAUGCUUGGUAACUCACUGAAGCGUAGUUCUGAAUACUCAAAUGAGAUUAGCAAGUUAAAACAAGAAUUGAUGAGUGCUAAAUUAAGGGAAGCUGAAGCGGUUGCCGAAUUGAAAGAACUUAGGCAAAAAGUUAUGGAACUUGAGACCCAAAAUCAGGUCAGUCUAAAUCAAAUCCGUCGUCAAGCUGAGGAAAUGAACAAAGUCAGGCAAGAACAAGAAUGUGUAACAGAUAAGGAAAGAAAAUUGUUGAAUGAAAUUCAACAAGAAAAGCACAGAUAUACCGAGCUUGAUGCUAAAUAUAAAGAGCAACAAAUGAUGAAUCGUAUUAAGGAUCUAGAAUUAACUCAAACGAUUGCCGAGCUCAAACAAAAACUUUAUUCUUAUGAAGUAAAGAAAGAGGAAUUAGUAACGGUAAAGAAAUUAAUUGAAAGUGGAAGUGAACCCCAAGAUACUGAUGAACUUCACGAUAGAAUGGCCGAGCUACAAUCAGAGAUGUUUCGACUAGAGAUUCAAAAGCGUAAACUUAACAAUUUGCAUCAUGCAAAUGAAACUGCUGAGCAUAUCUAUCAGUGUAAACCAUAUCAAGGAGAGAACAAUAAGGCUGAUCUGACAAUCACUUGAUAACAUUGAUAAUUGAAAUUUGAGGAGGAGAAAUGACAACUCAUCGGGACUUAAAGCAAUUUCAAAGUUUCAUCCAAAAUCGAUGGAAAAAUCCACAUUUGGAAUCAAAAGCAUCAAAAUUAUUAAAUACUUCACUCAGAACGUAAACGUUCGGAAAGAUAACUGGCUCCAAUCCUUAUGCCUUUAUCCAAUCUCUCAACACUUAGUCAAUUAUUUCAAAGAAACAAAAAGAGACUCAAGAAGGUAGACAGUUUUAGGAAGCUAACUCAAGCUAAUUAACUCACUUCAAAUGACCUCUAUUCUAUUAUCAAAAAUCUCGCUGCAAUUCACUCAAACUAUGAAAAAAAUUCAUUCUCUCAUUUGCUUCCUUCUUUCAGUUUCUAUCUUUUUGUCUCAUUUUUUAUAAUUUUUUUUUCUAUUUAUCAUUUAUUAUUUAGAUCUCUUUUAUCUUCUAUCUUUUACCUUUCAUUAUCUUGCUUCCUUUUUUUCACCACCUCUUCCUUUCGCUCUUUCAGUCUUUUUCCUCUACUCUUCACACUCUUUAAAUCAUUUGCAAUCACGUCUCAAGAAAUCUCAAAGCGACACUCAAUCCAAUACCGGUGAUAAUUAUGCAUACAUAUAUAUCGAAUCGACAUAAAUUAUCAAGCAAGAGAAGGAUAAGAUCGACUUUGUAAACUCUUUUGUUAACUUAAUCAUCUUUCUGUCUCCCUUUCAAUUUGUCUUCUUAUUUCUAUCUUCUCUUUCUAUCUUUCUGUCUUGUUUUUCUUUCUUUCGCAACUACUGGGAUCAGAAGCAAAUGAAAGAGUGUCGUUUGGGUGAUAAACGGUACUUUUUAAAAGCUACUUUAGCGUGAUAAAAUACCUUGCAAUAUACAAUCUAACAGCAAUGUUAACGUGCAGUCAUAAAAAUAAGGUUCACUCAAUUUUAGAGUCAACCCUAUCAUGAAAAUGAUUAUUAUUAUUACAAUUAUUAUUAUUACUAUUGCUAUUAUUAUUCUUAUUAUUAUCACUAUUACUUUUAUCACUUAUUAUAUUAAUAUGAUUAUUAUUACAUGUUCACAGAUAUAGUGAAAAGAAAUAAUAUAACAGUUGAUAAUCAACUGAAGUCCUCACCUCUUUUCCUUCCCUUAUGCUGGCCUAAUUUUAAAAAUUUGAAUCAAUCCGUUUUUUUUAAUUUCUUUUGUUAUAUAAAUUGAUGUUCAGGUCAAAAAUGGAAACAAUGUUUUUGGUUUGAUCAAAUAAUUAAUUCUGAUUUGCCUUUGUUAUCAUUUCUUUGUCAUCAAAUCGGUUUUUUGUUAUAAAAAUCGUAUUAACGAUUUACCAGAGUUAUCUCCAAUAAUGUUAACCUUCACACACAAUAAUAAUGUUGACACAAAAAUGAA